AUGGUGAUCAAGAUGAUCGAAGUAUGUGACAGAACUGGUAUGGGAGUAGGGGAUAUGAUCGUAGAACUCGACUUCAUGCCCAACGGCGAAGGUAUCAUUCCUACAAUGCAAUCUCCACCAGUCUUCAAGAUAGCACCGGCUCGGAAAUACAUCGAGGGGUCGCCACCACCAGAGGAGCCUGACUUCUUUUUGGACAAACAUAAUUCUCAUGGACGUACAAACAUGGAAGUAGUACUUGACGUGAUAAAAAAUGCAUGCUCUGAAAAUGAUUCGGGAGCAGCAAUCUUCCUUUUCAACUAUGGGGGCCAAGUGGGCUGCCCUCCACAUUUUUUCGACACAUUCCCAGAAGAUGUGAUCGAUGCCUUUCGAAGUGCAAUCCAGGACAAAGACUUUGGGCCCCUUUCGGAGAAGUCCAAUCCAUAUGAUCUUACGAUCAACGUCUUGGAACUUAUGCGACUUGGUGCAGUACCAAAGAGCAUGAUUGACAUUUUGCAAGAGGAUAUGCUAUAUCUUGUCGCCCAAGACACGGGAUGGCUUGGGGAGGAUUGA